AUGCUCAGCCAGAUUCAUAUGCUGCCGCUCCUCUUCGACAUGAUCCUGGCCUUCAAGCCGUGUCCUGACCACUGUUUGUGCUAUGAGUCCUCUGACCUGGUGGACUGUCAGUCUCGUGGGCUGACCCAUAUCCCUCACAACAUUGCCCACGGCACUUGGCUGCUGGAUCUGAGCAGGAACAAGCUGACAGAGGUACGCAGCAACUCCUUUAUCGGCCUCUGGUCUCUCAGGAUCCUCCUGCUGUCCAACAGCAGCAUCCGCAUGUUGCAGCAGCAGUCGCUGUCCUCCCUACAAUUUCUGGAGAGGUUGGACUUGAGUUUUAACCAACUGCAAUGGCUGCCCCGGGACUUUUCCCAAAGCUUGUCUGCCCUCCAGGAGCUCCGGCUAGACCACAACUUACUCCAACACCUCAGCUCCCCUUCACUGGACCACUUUGAAAAUCUUAGGAAGCUCGAUGUCAGUUACAACCACAUCAGGGCGAUGGAGGGCAAGGUUUUCAAUAGCCUCUCCCACAUGAACCGCCUCAACUUGGAGGGAAACAGGUUGAAUGUACUAAAGGAUGAUCUGCUGACAAGGCAGCAAAAUCUAGAGGUCCUUCUUCUUGGCCACAACAACCUCUCCCUCAUAGAGACAGAGGCUCUGGCACCUUUGUGGAGCUUGACUCUGCUUGGCCUUCAGGGAAACCAGCUAGUGCACCUCAAGUUUAAGACUUUUCUGAACCUUCACACCACCAGCACUCAUUUGCAGUUGUCCCUCAACCCCUGGACCUGCGACUGUGAGCUGCAUCGUGUCUUCAGCAAGAUCAAGCAUGUCCGAUAUUUGAAUGUUGAGGACUAUGAUGACAUUGUUUGUCAUGCCCCUGCCCUGCAAGCCGGGAUCAACCUCUCCUCGAUGGACAGCCAGCUCUGCAUUACUGAGACAGCCAGCGUGCUGGUCAUCACCAUAACUGUCGUACUUGCUGUGAUCGGUGCCCUGAUUAAGGCAGAGCGCAACCGCAAGAGCAAACAAGCUAUCACUGAUGCCAACUCAAACCGGAAACUCUAACUUGAAAACCUGGAGCUCCAUAGACUAGUUUUCUAGUCAUGGUAAACACAAAAAUCAAGUCAAGUCAAUUUUAUUUGUAUAGCCCAAUAUCACAAAAAAAAAAAACAACAAAAAGAUCAAAUGUCCUGGAAGUAUUGAGGCCAUAGAAAAUUGUAAAGUUAGGUCAUGAAAUUGUAUCUUCACCC